AUGUCAAUACGAAAAGAAAAUGAAAGUUGGUCUCAAGUUUUACUUGAUAAAGUUGUGUUUAUUACGGGUGCUGGUGGAAGUAUUGGUUCUGUCAUUUGCCACACAUGUGCAAUGCAUGGAGCUAAAGUAGUAGUAUCUGAUAUUAAUAAGAAAGCUGCAGAUAAAGUAGUGGUAGAUAUUCUUGAAACACAAAAUGAACAAUCGGAUCGAAUAAUGAGUUUAGAACUUGAUAUAGUUAAUGAACAAGCCAUUGAACAAGCAGUAGAACAAGUAGUUGAUCAAUGGGGUACAAUUCACGUUCUCGUUAAUGCAGCAGCUAUAUUUACUUGGGGUUCCAUUGAAGAUAUUUCAGCUGAUGAUUGGUUACAUAUUUUAAAUGUUAAUGUGCGUGGUUGUGCUUUGAUAGUUAAACAUGUUGUACCUUUACUUAAACAACAACGUUCAGGUUCUAUCAUUCAAUUUGGUAGUAUAAGUGGCGUAAAUGGUCAAGCAAGUUUUGUUCCAUAUGGUACUACAAAAGCAGCUGUAAUACAAAUGACACGAAAUUUAGCAGUCGAUCUAGGUCCAUUUAAUAUUCGAUGUAAUUCUAUUUCUCCUGGUUGUAUCAAAACACCAGUAACUGCUCAAGUGGCAGACUUUAAAAAUUUAACUAUGGAUGAGUGCUUUCAACAACGAUCAGAAGUGCAAUGUUUAAAACGAAUAGGUACACCACAAGAAAUAGCUAAUUUAGUCGUAUUUCUUGCUUCGGAUUUAUGUUCAUUUAUUACUGGUGCUAAUUUACUUGCAGAUGGAGGUUAUACCACUGUUUAA